GGCGGGUCAGGUGGCGUGGCGGGCCCGAGCCAAUGGGCGAGGUCGGGGCCGGUGACGCCACGGCCAAUGGCGCGGCAGCGCGGGAGUUUCAAGUCGCUGUCUCCGCCCCGCCGCGGGGAAGACUGCGCCUAUAAAGGCGGCCGGCUCGGGCCGGUAUCAGGUCCCCGAGUGCUCCUCGUUUGGGUGUCUUCCGUCUUCGCCAUGGCCCGUACGAAGCAGACUGCCCGCAAGUCCACCGGCGGCAAGGCCCCGCGCAAGCAGCUGGCCACCAAGGCCGCCCGCAAGAGCGCCCCGGCCACGGGCGGCGUGAAGAAGCCGCACCGCUACCGGCCCGGCACCGUGGCGCUGCGGGAGAUCCGGCGCUACCAGAAGUCGACCGAGCUGCUGAUCCGCAAGCUGCCGUUCCAGCGCCUGGUGCGCGAGAUCGCGCAGGACUUCAAGACGGACCUGCGCUUCCAGAGCUCGGCCGUCAUGGCGCUGCAGGAGGCGAGCGAGGCCUACCUGGUGGGGCUGUUCGAGGACACCAACCUGUGCGCCAUCCACGCCAAACGCGUCACCAUCAUGCCCAAGGACAUCCAGUUGGCCCGCCGCAUCCGUGGGGAGCGCGCUUAAGCGCCCUGUCUCCCAUCCAUUCCCCACAAAGGCUCUUUUCAGAGCCACCACA